AUGACCGACUCUCACCAUCCCAAGCAUCCUACGAUGGCUCUUGUUCGCGACCCUUGGUUCUGGCGCCGAUUCUCACGCGCUGUACACUUGGACGAGGAGGUGAGGACUCCAACCGAGGAGAAGCAAACCACAAUUUGGUCAGAUAACUGGCUGGACAGCCAGCGCCGGAAACGGCGGAAGAGUGCGCUAUGCGGGUGUCUAAUUUGCGUUGCCAUUGCGGUUUUUAUUGCAGCUGUUGUCGUCGUUAUUUGGUGGUUUUGGGCACACAACUGGUUGCAGGAUAAGCCGUCCUGA